GUGAGGAGCAGAGCAUCUUCCUCCUCCUCCUCAUUCACUCACUCACUCUCUCUCUCUCCUCAUUGCCAUAACAACGGAUGCAGCGCAUCAGUCCGCGCGGGAUCAACGUUAAGCAGCCGCGCGGGGCGGAAUAAACUCGCACCGGUGCCGUUAAGACUCCGCAAAGGUGACACACGCACGCACGCGCCUCUCCGAACUAUUUACGUCAAAACGUUUAAACUGCUUGAGGGAGACGAGCGCACGCGGGAGAUCCUCACCGGGGUUAUUCGCUAACGGUAAGACCGGGGAGGGAAGAAAGAGAAGCAGACAGCAGGAAGUGCAGCGUGGGAAAGCGGGGGAAAUCUCCGGGGAUCUCCAGCGCUCACAUCUCCAUCUACGGUCCUCCCCGUUUUUUUCCGCCAUGGCUCGGGAGAACGGAGAGGCCGGCGGGGAUUGCUCGUGGAAGAAGCAGGUCGCUGAUAUCAAGGAGAUGUUUGUAUUCAAGGAGGUGCUCGGGACGGGUGCGUUUUCAGAGGUGGUCCUGGCAGAGGAGAGGUCCACGGGAAAGAUGUUCGCUGUGAAGUGCAUCCCUAAAAAAGCACUGAAGGGGAAGGAGAGCAGCAUCGAGAAUGAGAUUGCCGUUCUACGCAAAAUUAAGCAUGAGAACAUAGUGGCGCUGGAGGACAUCUAUGAAAGCUCCAAUCACCUCUACCUUAUAAUGCAGCUUGUGUCUGGAGGCGAGUUGUUUGACCGGAUCGUGGAGAAAGGUUUCUACACUGAGAAAGAUGCCAGUACACUUAUCAGACAAGUACUUGAUGCUGUAAACUACCUCCACAAUAUGGGCAUCGUACACAGAGAUCUAAAGCCAGAGAAUCUGCUCUAUUUCAACCCUCAAGAUGGCUCAAAGAUCAUGAUCAGUGAUUUCGGUCUGUCUAAGAUGGAGGGGACAGGUGAUGUCAUGUCCACAGCCUGUGGAACACCGGGAUACGUGGCUCCAGAAGUUCUCGCUCAGAAGCCGUACAGUAAAGCUGUGGACUGCUGGUCUAUCGGCGUCAUUGCCUACAUCCUACUGUGUGGUUACCCUCCCUUUUAUGAUGAGAAUGACUCCAAACUCUUUGAGCAGAUCCUGAAAGCGGACUAUGAGUUCGAUGCGCCGUACUGGGAUGAUAUAUCCGAUUCAGCAAAAGACUUCAUCAGUUGUUUGAUGGAAAAGGACCCCUCAAAGCGAUACACAUGUGAGCAGGCCCUUCGACAUCCCUGGAUCGCGGGAGACACCGCACUCUGCAAGAACAUCCAUGAGUCCGUCAGUCGACAAAUGCGCAAAAACUUUGCGAAAAGCAAAUGGAGACAAGCCUUCAACGCCACGGCCGUGGUUCGCCACAUGAGGAGAUUGCAGUUGGGCAGUAGCAUGGGGAGCAGCAUGGACCAAUCGAGCAACGCCAACCAGAACCGCAUACUGAACGCCAACCAGACUCCAACCCUACCACCCAACACAACACCAAACUCCACUUCAGCCCUAACUCAAAACCACAAACCUGCUCCCAAUGCAAACUGCGUCACUUUUGCCUCUUACGAUGAAAAAGCUGUGACUGACAAGUGUCUGUGCUACCCAGUGACUGUGCAGUUUUAA